AUGGCAUCUCGCAAGGUCAUUUUGAUUACUGGUGGAAACGGUGGACUUGGCUACGAAGCCGUCAAGGCCUUCUUUGAAUCUGACAAAGCCUACCAUGUUUUCAUGGGUAGUCGGUCGGUUGAAAAGGGCAAGGAAGCGAUUGAUAAGCUUCGACAAGAAUCUCCAAACGCAACCAACACGCUCGACCUAGUCCAGCUCGACCUCGCAAGUGAUGAAUCGAUCAAUCAGGCCUUUGCUCAGGUCCAAUCUGAGGUUGGACACAUCGAUGCGCUGCUAAAUAAUGCCGGGGCCACAUUCGACAUCGACUACAUUCGUGGAAAAACAUCGCUCCGUGAAUGCUUCACGAACGCUUAUAAUAUCAACGUGGCUGGCACGCACGUCAUGACCGCAACCUUCAUGCCGCUCCUACUCAAAUCCGCGGACCCGCGAUUGAUUUUUGUCACUGGCUUAUCGGCGAUCAAUCAAGCUGGGGAGAAGUACUUCCCAACUCCGCCAUUGCCAGCUGGGUGGCCGAAGAAACUUGACUUUGAAACCAUCGGAUAUCGCUGCAGCAAGACGGCACUGAAUAUGUUGAUGCUGGACUGGAAUCACAAAUUGAUGGCGGAUGGGGUGAAGGUCUGGUGUGUGGGACCGGGUAUCUUGGCGACGAAUCUUGGAGGUGUCCCAGAAUUGGCGAUCCAGAUGGGUGCUAAACAUCCGAGUGUUGGCGGUCGACUGUUGAAGCAGGUUGUGGAGGGGGAGCGGGACGACUCGGUUGGCAAGAUUGUGACUGCCGCGGGGGUGAAGCCAUGGUGA